AUGAAAGGUGUCACUUUGAGAAACACUCCGCCUCCGCGUCUCUCCAACGCACCACUCCUACUCGGCUCUGAACAUACACCGCUUCCACCACCUCUACUGGCGGGCACAGAGAAAUGCCAUUGGCAUCGCUGCAUUGCACGCCCAAGCCAGAGCCAGGCUGCUAUGGCGAAGCGACUUGAUGCCAAAGCGCGGCUUCUCUGGCGGAGCGAGUUGGUGCUGAUCGAUGGCACCCGCUUGCCAGGGAUUGCCAUUGUCUCGUACGCCAACCCUUUCAUCGACAGCAAUGCAGAACGCGAUAAUGAUGCGCAUAACAACAUCCACGAGGCGGAAGCUGACCUGUGCUUGGCAUUGGAGAUGCUGCGGAACCAACCACUUCACGUCUCCGCCGUGACGACCGACCGAGGAUCCACACCCGUUGUAGGCACGAUCAGUCAGAAGCAGUCCCACUGGAUGGCCAGUGGGGAGGUGCGCGUGUAUAUUGAUCCGUGCAAGACGGCAACAUGGAGCUUCUUUCGGCGCAUCUUCUGCUUUGAUGCAGACUUUGUCCAGGAUGCGGGGAGCAGGCGGUCGUCGCAGGUGGUAACGGUUUCGCUACAGCCUUCGCUUCUCGCUUCGGCGGACGAGGCAUUCGCAUCGGAUCCAUUCGCCUUCUCGAACGCGCCGAAUUCUGAGUAUGCCAUAUUUGCUCAGCCGCUCUCAACGCCGCAAACAGACGAAGCAGGGCCACCAUCCGACUCGAUACCGUUACGACUUGUACUAGGGCGCAGGGUGACGGUUCAGACCAAAAGGGCAGAUGUCGGUGCAGCCAGAGAGCUGAGCAGAUCACGCAGCUUUCAUAGGCAGCCGAGUGUCGGGUCGCAGACGCUUCACGAUGUGUUUAGUCAGGCAGGACUCUCGUUGCCGAGCUUUGGAGGCCCAUUGCCGACUCCCACAGGCCCACGUCCAGACGAUCCACUUCCGCGUGGAUCUAUCUCCGCCCUGCUGCAAGCACGAUCUAAACGCAAGCCCAGUCACACACAGCGUCAUGCAGGCGUAUCGCCUGUCGCGCCGUCUCACGCAACAUCGCUUGCACCCGGUGGCGCACACACGCCAGGUCGACGCGGCGACAAACGACAUAACACUUCGGACCGCAAGGUGGCCGGCAGCCCUGGUCUCGAGAGUCAAACCAAGGAAGAACCCAUGGACAUCGGCCUCGUUUCCCCAACCAAGGCCAUUAAGCAUCGAGCGGAUCGCAUCUUGUCCGACCUGCCACGUCUCAACCUCAGCAGGCAACCCACGCGGGCUCUCGUGACCAAAUCCGAAAGCCGCCCGCACCUGCUCGACGUGAAAGCCAUCAAAGUGGAAUCCGUCUCGCCCGAACCUUUCCUCAGUACGGACGCCAAGUCCGCCGACGCCGCCGACUCCGUGGAAAAAGGCAACCGCAACACUAUAAAAAAGGUGGUCCACACCCUGCUCGUCCGCGAAUACAACCUCUCCAAAUCCCAUCCAGACUACAUCGCAUCUUACAACCAGACAUGCUCAGGCACCUGGUGCACGUUCCGCAACAUUGCAUCCCUCCGACCUCUCGACAAGGAGGCCAUCGAAAAUGUGGUCCGCAUUCACUUAUCUCUGUACUUGUAUUAUAGGCCAUCUUAA